GGAAGACGAAGCUUUGAAGGGUUUCCAGAUACCUUGAAUAUGCGAAUCGGGGAGCAUUUCUUCCCUGCCUUGAUCCCUCAGACUGUUGGAAAUGGAUAAAGGGAUUGGAAAUAACGAAGAUUCCAGUGUCUGAAAAUUCGUGAAGACUAAGGUUCUCCUCUGCUCCGAAUCUGUGUCGGACAUUUCUUUCUAGAUAAGCCAAAGAAAAGGAUGCGGCAUCGACGAGGCAGAGACUAAAAAUACCAAACUUGCGAACAGGGGGACUCCGUCUCCUUUUUUUUUUAUAAAGGUAAAGAUGGGGUUUUUGAUCCGAAUGGAUGGCUAGGAUGUGACCAAAUGCUCUUUUCAGCAUAGCUUUGAUUUGAGAACGGAACAGGACAGAACAGGGGAUCCUUGAAUCUUCUCGUAAUUUGGUUCUCUGUCUGUCGGUUUCUUUGGGAAAAAGCAAAGAUUGGAGUUGGCCCCAUUUUGUUCUGCUGAAGCCUGAGUGUACUAUAUAUAUAUAUAUAUAUAUAUAUAUACUCUUCUGCCCUCCCCCCCGCUUCUCCUCCGCACUUCAGCUCUUGAACCCACCAUUUGUUUGCUCUGUUUCCUCGAGGCAUCCACUUCCAUGGAGACAGUGGAGUUGAAAGUGGAGAUGGUCGGAAUCCACGAGAAGAGGCUGAGAAAGAGCCUGUCGAAGUUGAAAGGGGUGGAGAAGGUGGAGGUGGACGCAGGCAGGCAGAAGGUGGCGGUGAGGAGCUACAUUCACCGGAACAAGAUACUGAAAGCGAUUAGGAGAGGUGGUCUGAAAGCCGACUUCUGGUCCCCCCAAAACGAGCUCCUUAGUGCCUAUGGAGCCUUCAGAUUCUGCCCCUACACAUCCUUCUUCUUCUAGACCUUUACCUUUUUUUCCUUUUGCUUUUAUGUUUUGCCUCUCUUUCUAUUUCAUUUUUUGGUUGUAGGAGCAUCACACCAAACACACUUGUAUUUAUCUUUUCUUUAAUAUGAUUACGUUUAUUCUUA